AUGAACGGCUUUUGCACAGCUAACUUGGACGGUGGUACUGUAAACGAAAGCAGAGAGGAGCAGGCCUCAGCCAUGUCGGACAAUAACCCGUCUCAAACCAAAAAGUUGUGGAGGUUGAGAAAAAAGUGGAGGCGAAAAAGGAGGACGCCAAAUGACGCACAUCAGCAAAACAACUCGACGUCUCAACAUGAGCCUGUUUUUACAGCGCUUAAAACCACAACUUUCACUGUGACUUUUCGUUCGAGUCCUGGUCCAGAGCAGUCCCCGAGCAGCUCUGCUUCUGAACACUCUCGGGUUAAUAACAACAACAUUCCACCGCCGCAGAGUCAGCCCGCCGCGGUAUCUGCCUCUUCUGCGAGCAAGGCUGGAGAAUCUCGGACGGACUCCUCUAGUGCUCCUGCUGCUGUUGCGGGUCCAUCAUCAGCACAGAGCAGAGGGCAGAGACCCUGUAGCUCCUUCUCCGCCGUGGUGCCGUCGAAGUGCCUCGCCAUAGACUGUGAGAUGGUGGGUGCGGGCCCCAAAGGUCACAUCAGUCAGCUGGCGCGCUGCAGCAUUGUGUCGUACGACGGAGACGUGAUCUACGACAAGUUCGUGCUGCCGCCGCUCCCCGUCACAGACUACCGCACACCCUGGAGCGGCAUCAGGAAGAGCGACCUGACCAGGGCCACGCCGUACGAGCUGGCCAGGAAGGAGAUCCUGAAGCUGCUGAUGGGGAAGGUGCUGGUGGGACACGCCAUCCACAACGACCUAAAGGCCCUGAACCACAGCCACCCCAAAGCCCUGAUCCGAGACACGUCCCGCAUCCCGCUGCUCAACACCAAAGCCGGCUUCGGCGAGAGGGAGAUGGUUUCUCUCAAGAGGCUCACCAAGGCCAUCUUCAACCGGGACAUCCAGACCGGAAGAAAGGGCCAUUCGUCGGUGGAGGACGCCAAGGCCACCAUGGAUCUGUACAGAGUGGUGGCGGCCGAGUUGGAGCAGAAGAUGGCGUCUGAGAGAAAGUGA